AAAGAAUGUGGACACUUCCGGAGCGCCAACUGCCCAAUAGAAAUGCAGGCCACUCUGGGAAAUGGGCAGCCGGAGGGCGGGACGAGGAGGGCUGGAAAACAGAAAAGGAUUCACAUUCUUUACACUCCGUGGAGAGUGAGCCGACAGACUGUAGCCUGCGCCUUGACAAGUUCCUUUGUUCUUUGUUUUCUUUAAAUUACCUUUUUUCCUUUUUGUCUUAGAAAAUACUCAUGGAAGAAAAUGAAACGAGAGCGCCCUAGAGAUCACUCAGAGCUGUUCUCGUAGGUUUUUAACUUCCCGUUGCUCAAGGGCCCACGCUGACAUCUGGGGUGUGAUUGCACCUGCAAAGAAUCCAGCUUCUAGGGAGCAGCGCGAGCUGAAAAGAAUUUCUGCUUGGACACUGCAUAGCUGCUGGGAAAAUGAACGUCAAUAUUGAUUUGGAAACGAAUUAUGCCGAAUUGGUUCUAGAUGUGGGAAGAGUCACUCUUGGAGAGAACAACAGGAAGAAAAUGAAGGACAGUAAGCUGAGAAAAAGGCAGAAUGAAAGUGUCUCACGAGCUGUGUGUGCUCUGCUGAAUUCUGGAGGGGGAGUGAUCAAGGCUGAAAUUGAGAAUGAAGACUAUAGUUAUACAAAAGAUGGAAUAGGACUAGAUUUGGAACAUUCUUUUAGUAACAUGCUGUUAUUUGUUCCUGAGUACUUAGACUUCAUGCAGAAUGGUAAUUACUUUCUGAUUUUUGUGAAGUCAUGGAGCGUGAACACCUCUGGUCUGCGGAUUACCACCUUGAGCUCCAAUUUGUACAAAAGAGAUAUAACGUCUGCAAAAGUCAUGAAUGCUGCUGCUGCACUGCAGUUCCUCAAAGACACGAAAAAGACUAGAGGGAGAUUGUACUUAAGACCGGAAUUGGUGGUAAGGAGGCCCCGUGUUGAUAUACAAGAAGAAAGUAACAUGAAGGCCUUGGCUCGGGGCUUUUUUGACAGAACAGAACUUGAUCGGGAAGAAAAAUUGACCUUUACUGAAUCCACACAUGUUGAAAUUAAAAACUUCUCGACAGAAAAGUUGUUACAACGAAUUAAAGAGAUUCUCCCUCAGUAUGUUUCUGCAUUUGCAAAUACUGAUGGAGGAUAUUUGUUCAUUGGUUUAAAUGAAGAUAAAGAAAUAAUUGGCUUUAAAGCAGAGAUGAGUGACCUCGAUAAGUUAGAAAGAGAAAUUGAAAAGUCCAUUAAGAAGAUGCCUGUGCAUCACUUCUGUAUGGAGAGAAAGAACAUAAAUUAUUCAUGCAAAUUCCUUGAAGUAUAUGAUAAAGGAAGUCUUUGUGGAUAUGUCUGUGCACUCAGAGUGGAGCGCUUCUGCUGUGCAGUGUUUGCUAAAGAGCCUGAUUCCUGGCAUGUGAAAGAUAACCGUGUGAUGCAGUUAACCAGGAAGGAAUGGAUCCAGUUCAUGGUGGAGGCUGAACCAAAAUUUUCCAGGUCAUAUGAAGAGCUGAUAUCUCAAAUAAAUAUGUCAUCACCUACUCCCCACAGUUGGCCUUAUUUGGAAGGGCAACGGCAGAGACAUCACCGUCCAGGCCUAUCAGGAAGGAUAACAUACACUCCAGAAAACCUUUGCAGAAAACUGUUCUUACAACAUGAAGGACUUCAGCAAUUAAUAUGUGAAGAAAUGGGCUCUGUCAGUAAGGGCUCACUAAUUUUCUCUAGGAGCUGGUCUUUGGAUCUGGGCUUGCAAGAGAACAACAAAGUCCUCUGUGAUGCUCUUCUGAUUUCUCAGGACAAUCCUCCAGUCCUAUACACCUUCCACAUGGUACAGGAUGAGGAGUUUAAAGGCUAUUCUACACAAACUGCCCUAACCUUAAAGCAGAAACUGGGACAAAUUGGUGGUUACACAAAAAAAGUGUGUGUCAUGACAAAGAUCUUCUACUUGAGCCCUGAAGGCAAGACAAGCUGCCAGUAUGAUUUAAGGUUGCAAGUAAUUUACCCUGAAUCCUACUAUUUUACAAGCACUCAAACAAGGAAAGACUUGCUGAAAGCCCUUUUUAAAGCCUUAAAGAGACUUGAGUCUGUGAGAGACCAGUUUGCCUUUGCCAGUGUCUCCCAGAUCAUCAGUAUAGAUUGCUUUCAGAAGAAUGAUAAAAAGAUGUUUAAAUAUUGUCGAAUGCUCACCUGAUGGAAGAUGGACUGGGCUACUGAGAUAUUUUUCAUUAUAUAUUUGAUAACAUUCUCUAAUUCUGUGAAAAUAGUCUUUGAAAACUUUGCAAGUUAAGCAACUUGAGAUGUUGGAAAAUUGGAUUUAGCCUAUCUUCACUUCUCAGAUAUUGUUUGUGGGAUAUUAGGAAAAUUAAUUUGUUAACUAGUCUGUGCACAGUAUUACUCUGUCUGUAGUUCCUGAAUAAAUUUUCUUCCAUGCUUGAA